UACAAGAUGAGACAAAUCCCAAUCCUCAUGGCAAUCCCAACUCCUUGAUAACGACAAACCACCCAAAUAAACAAACGAGGAAGCCAAUUGAAUCUGGUCUUGAAAUUUGUAGCUCAUGUUCAACACUUAAAUGCACUAAAUGAAAAUGAUAUAUUAGGAGCUCAGUCCAUUUCAGUAGUUUAAGGGCCACAUCUUUCUUUUCUUUUUUCUUUCUUUUUUACUGGUAUUCUUGUAUCUAACAUCUUGCACCCAAUUCAUCACCUUCAUUUCGUCAUAACAGAUCUGCAUUGAUUUCAGUUUCAACACAGAGUGCUAGACGUUGAACUCUAUAGACAUAUUGGUAAGGACUUAAUAGUAUGAUGACUAGAUUUCUGCUACUUUGGGUGUUCCUAAUUUCUUCAGCAGUACUGAUUUCUUCUGCAACUCUGCCACAAGCUUCUGAACAGGGUCCAGCUCCAGCACCUUACCCUGGAAAUAUUGGUUCAGGGGCACCUGCAACUAUUUCAAGUGUUCCAAGUCCUUCAUAUGCUCCCUCUGCACAUGCACCUGCUUUGACAAGCACCUUGGAAGAUUCGCUCAUUAUUUCCCCAUCACCUUCUACAAGCUCUUCACUUGCAAGUGAGUUUUUCUCAGCACCUGAACCUUCUCCUGAGGAAGUAUUUCCAACUACAGAGAUACCUGAAGAAUCUGGGUCAAAGAAUGUUAAAUGGUGUGCAGUAGGGGAUGAAUUUGUUAAUUGCCAGUACUAUACAAGUCUUUUGACGCCGGUGGAUGACUAUACCUGGAAUUGUGUAUCAAGGAAGACAACCUUUGAGUGUUUGGAAGCAAUAAACAACAAGGAAGCAGACCUCAUCUCCCUUGAUUCAGGCCUAGGAUACAUUGCUUUUAUGAACUACUCUAUGAAGGCUAUAAUGGCUGAAGAGUACUGCUAUCAAGAUACUUCAUAUGAUGCUGUUGCCAUUGUCGAGAAAAAAAUGUGUAAUAGGAAAGGAGAUUUGAGCUUGAAAGAUUUCAAGGGCAAGAAAUCUUGCCAUGGAAACUAUUUGACAGCAGCUGGAUGGAACUAUCCAGUUAACUAUAUUUUGAGCUCCAUUUUACAAAAUCCAUCUGAAAAUAUUUUUUCUACAAGAACAGAUGAAGAUCUGAUGUCCAGUUUUUUCUCUGCAUCCUGUGCCCCCUCAGAAUUAGAAGGAAGAGGUUUGUGCAGUGCUUGUGGUAAUAAAAGCACAUGUUCUGUAGACAAGACAUACUCUGGGCAUUCAGGAGCUUUCCGGUGUCUUGUAGAGGAAAUUGGAGAUAUUGCAUUCUUAAAGGCUGAUACUGCCCUAUUAUAUUCUUCAGAAGGCAAGAAUAAUCAAUCCUGGUCAACAAAAUCAGUCACUGAUUUCAUGUACCUCUGUCCACACGGAGGUUGCAGGGCUAUCAAUGGCUUUCCUGGGGAUUGCAAAUUUGGUUCAGUUCCAGCAAAUACAAUAAUGACGAGGAACUCUCUUCCACAUUCAAAGAAAUUGGCUAUUGUGCAUACAUUAUUAAAUGCAAGUUGGACAGAUGUCCUAUAUAGUGGCAAGAAUUGGGCUGAUCAUCUGCUUUCUUCCAGAUUCUUCAGCGGCAUUCGCCACAUGUCAUCAUUUAUGGAUCCUUGCUGCUCUUAUAUCAAUAUAUAUUGCCUUCUAGUUGAUGAUGGCUUCAUUUUUUACAUGUUUCUAUGGCAUUUCAUGGAGCUCUUUUGUACAAGGAAAUCAUGGGGGGAUAUUAAGAUGUCUGUGAUCUCACAUGUUUUGAACAUUUUGGGAGCUGAUUAAUUGUGGCAUUUUACCCAUUACAAGCCACACCAUUUUGAUCUUUAAGCUGCUACAAAAGAGUCCUGGCCUUGAAAGAAGCUGCAUUGCAUUAACUGAUUAACACAAGUGUAGCUUCUCGCUUCUCAGUGAGCUGUUAAUAUAAAAAUGUAAAAGACUAUGCAUUUAUGGGCCAAUGUUUGAACUUUGAACAUCAAUUUUGAAUCUUACUGCUCUUGAAGA